CGACUCCGGCUUCAUCAUUCCAGCUCCCCCGCGAGCCCAUCCCGUCCCUCCUCGUCAAACAAAGGAAGCUACCUUGGUAUGCAUCAACGUGUUCUCUUAGUGCUUGAAAGUUGCUUGACAUGUCCGGCUUCGAGGUGGUAGGGGCGGUCGCCGACGCCGGCCAGUUCACUGAGCAAUUUAUCGCCGUCGGGAAGCUCCUCCGAUCAGUCUAUCAGCAAAUGCGAGACGGUCCAGCCGACAUUCUUCAGCGGUUCCAGGAACUGGAAACAUUCCGCGAGAUCGUCGACCAGAUCCGCUCCAUUGAACCCCUACAAACAAAGACUGCCGAGGACAUUUUCGCCCGAUGCGACACAUAUGCGCGACAAUUGACGACAAUCUUGCAAAGCAUCAGCUCGGACGCAAAGGAUCCACUGAACCAGAGGACAUGGAAGGCUAUUGUUGGAGUCGCUAGAGAGGAAGACAUCUCCAAGCUCCUAUCGGGUCUCGAGCGUGAAAAGGCGUCGCUGCAACUCCACAUAAAUGCUGCCACCAUAUCCAUCUCCCACGCUGCAGGACCGCAGCUUGCCUCUAUCGAGGACAAGAUAGACCGCAUUCGAUCGCUUGCUCCCGCCUCCUGCUCUGCCACGGAUCGCCAGGCGAACUGUAUUCGCGACCUGCUCGAAAAGGACCAGGCCGUGGUUCGCUCGGGUCUAAAGACGACCAAAGGCCAGAUUGUUUCCGGAACCUGUGACUGGAUCCUUGAAGACCCUCUCUACCAAAGCUGGCUUGAUUCCACCACCAAGUUUUUCUGGAUCUCGGGUGGCCCAGGCAUGGGUAAAACGAUGCUAUCGAUCUAUCUCAGUGAGCAUCUUGAACGCCGCCGCCCAAACCAUGGUGACGCUGUCAUCUAUUUCUUCUGUGACUCCAGGGAUCAGCAGCGAAACACGGCCGUUUCAGUAGUCCGCGGCUUGAUGUACCAACUGAUCCGUCACAAAGCAGAUCUCGUUGAUUGCCUUCUGGAUAGCUACGACAUAUACAAGGAACGACUCUUCAACGGCGACAUGUUUGAGAAGUUGUGGGAUAUCUUCUUGGCAAUGCUAACCGGGCUGAGACCGUCAAAGGCGGUUUGCAUUCUUGAUGGACUCGAUGAAUGCCAGCCCGACUCGCUCCGCCAGCUCCUCACCAAGCUGCCACUAUUAGCGGCUGCCAAGCCGGAGCAGCAGCAGACGGCCGGUUCGUUCAAGAGAAUCUUCCUCAGCAGAGAGCACCCUACUUCAAUUACGAGUGCACUUGACACCGCGAUCAGAAUCCAGCUAGACCGCGGCCCAGGGUCUGCAACGAGCGAAGGGUUGGAGCGAUACAUCUCGCUCGCAGUUGAUGACUUCGGCCAGCCAACGAAUAAAGACUAUCCCGAAGAGCUCUCACUCAAAGUUAAGAAGGUGUUACCGGAGCGAUCCGCGGGUACCUAUCUCUGGGUCGGCUUCACCAUUCGGGCACUUCAGGACAAGGAACCAUCUGAGGUGGAAGAAUUCCUCCAACGGCUUCCAAGCGGUCUGGAUGACAUGUAUGGAAGACUCAUAUCGCAGUUCAGACCGGGCCACCUAGAGCAAAUUCGGGAGCUCCUCGACUGGUCCCUCUUCGGCGUCUUCGACGGUGGGGCGGAUUUCGAGUUGCUUGUCGAUGCACUGGGAAUCAGGGCCAAUGAGUCGCUGACUGCGGUCCAAAUACUUCGGGACCGCAUCGCCUAUUGCCGGGGUUUUGUAGUUACCUUAGGAGACACCGCGUUUUUGUACCACCAGAGUGUUGAAGACUACUUUCUUGGGGUGCGCACUUCUAGGGCAGCGAGUGGACUGUUGUCGGACCUCGUGCCGUUUGACAAGUCUCAAGGGCACGCCAGGCUUGCGUCCAGGUGUUUGGACUAUCUUCAGGUACAGCUCGAGCAGCACACUUACGGAGAAUUCCGGGAACUCGGAUGGUAUUCACUCGGUUUCAAGGGUUCCCGCCCGUUCCUACGGUACGCACUUUGCAAGUGGCAUUGCCAUAUGCGGGAAGCUGGCCCAGCUAUGCUAGCCGUGGCCGAUUCACACAAAGACUUCUUCGAGAAGAACUCCGACGUCCGCGCAAAUUGCUACACCUGGACGCCGAUUAGCUUUGAAGAUUUUGAUUACCAGACGGCCUGGGAGCGCGAGAAGAACUGGAAGAGCGUAGAAGCACCGGCAAAAGCACCGGCAGUGUCUAGUCCAUCCGGAUCUUCACCUCUUCGCGUCCCUCGGUCUGGAUGAGCUGUUAGUGCGAAUGCUAAAGUCCCCAAGAUUAAGACUUCGUCUGGACGGCUCCUUCUCUGCGGACAGAAAUACACCCGUUACGCCGCUCAUUUGUGCAAUCCUGGGAGGCUGGCCCUCAACGGUCGAGCUUCUUCUUGCCCGCGGAGCGGACCCGAAUGUGGCACCGGCACGUUCCGGAACGCUGUUUGAACGGUGCUAUACACACGGACGAUCGAUUGAGCGUGUCACACCCCUAAGUUAUGCCGUCCAUUGUCAUUCCACCAUCCUUCGUCCGGGUGCAAGGCAUUCAACUACGAGUAUUGUUAAGGCACUGAUAUCUGCGGGCGCCCGUGUGAAUGGCGUCAGGGCAAGGACUAGUCCUUUGACUCCACCACCUCGGCCUUUAUACGAAGCUGUCU